GGGCGCUACCUUUCUCCGGCCCAGUCCAAUUGCCGAACUGCCACUACGGUGCGGCUUCUUCCACCCAGCUCGGAUAAUCUUUUGUCGCGUCCUCUGAUAUCUGCGCGCUCCCCGUCUCCACCUGCACCUCACGCCACCGCCAAACAUGCUGAUUUCUCCAACACUAGCAGCACCGGCCGCUUCCUUGACCUCCCCUUCCUCCACUCUCACCACCACCACCACGCUCACACGUCCAGGUAUCCGCGGUCGGAGACGAAGCGGUUUCCACGCACCGGCCGACACGGCUUCUCGUCACCACCGCGACCAUAGCCGCCCGGCGCUCCGCUUUGCAUACCCCGAACCCUCCGCCUCUGUCACGACUACCAGCUUACCGGAGCCCAUCGAUCGCCGAUUCGACAGCGACGAGCUCGGGCAUCUGCGUCGAGAACCCAGCCCGGAGGCCGCCGUUAGCUUGCUCGACCAAUUGCUCCAACGAGGCAGCGCCGAACAACUCGAGCCGGAGGAGCAGGCCGCGCUCCUCCAAGCCUGCGCCGACACGCGGUCCCUGGCCUCCCUCAGGCGCGCCCACCGCCUGCUCUCGUCCAGGCCGGGCUCCUCGAUCCCCGCGCCCGUCCUGCACAGGAUCGCCACGCUGUACCUCAAGCUCGGCGCCCGCGGCGACGCGCGCCGAGUCCUCGAGGAGCGGCCGAGGCGGAGGGAGGAGGACGCGGCGGUUCAGGCCAAGCGGCCGGAGGCGUACGCGAAGGUGCGGGAGCUCCACGCGCAGAUCCGCGCGGCGGGGUACGUGCCGGACACGCGCCACGUGCUCCACGACAUCGACGAGGACGCCAAGGCCCGCGCGCUCAUGUACCACAGCGAGCGCCUGGCCAUCGCGUUCGGUCUGGUGAGCACGUCGCCGGGGACGCCGCUCCGGGUCAUGAAGAACCUCCGCAUCUGCGGGGACUGCCACAACGCCGUCAAGCUCAUCGCCAAGGUCACCGGCCGCGAGAUCGUCGUCAGGGACAACAAGCGCUUCCACCAUUUCAAGGACGGCGCCUGCUCCUGCGGCGACUACUGGUGACAAGCCUUCUCCCCAGCUACCACAACUGGUCACACGCAGGUUAAGUUCUUCGUAGCAAGUUUGUAAAUUUGUAACAUUUGUUAAUAGCGAGAGCCGAGAGAAGGAUGAAAGAAUUGGUUUAGCCAACA